AUGCCCGACAGCGACUCGCAGACUUUUUUGAGCCCGGCAACUACGCGUCGUCUCUCAGAUACAUCGACUAGCGAGCAUAGCCAGUUCAAGAAGUCGGCGAAAGGGUCCGGCAAGCAGGGAAAGUCAAUGUUGGACUCGGCGCAUGAGACGGUCGCCAAGGCUUUGGGCGGAGGGUCUCGAGGCGAGUGA